AUGGUGCAUGUCAACUUCGGUCCUUUGGUGAUGUUUUGGUGUGCUACGACUCUGGCUUACACACCAUACGGUAUUAUCAGCACAUCUAUAGGGCUGAUAUCACCCGUUUCGAACGGCCUAACACAUUUGGGUAUAUGGGAUAGAUGCUCGUUCAACUCUUCACGAACCGCUGUACGACGUCGCGCAAGUGCGCUUUUUGCCUCCUCGUACAACAAACGGGAUGCAAUCGUCCUUGAGGAACAGGAACGGGGCGCUUCUCAGGUUCUACGGCACAGCGAAAUUGAGAGAAACGGAAGAGAGGCAAAGCAAUUCGCUCGUCGAGGCCAGGGCAAGCGAGAAGGAUGGAUGGUUUGGACGCUACGGCCCGUGGGUGUGUGUGUUGGUGCUAUAGGUUAG